UACAGUGGCGAAGGUUUUUUUGUGGUUGUUCCUCGCUUGUCAGUGUGGUGCGAAGGUGCAACAGAGCUGAUUCUGGUGAAAAAUUACAAAAUAAUCGUGCAAAAAAUCAAUACCGACGGAAAUCGGAUACCGACAAUCUCUACCCGAACCAUGUCCUGCUGUGUUCGUGGCUGCUGGUCGCGCUACGGGAAGGACAAGGUGUCCUUUCAUCGGAUUCCGCAAAACAAUGAAGAACGUCGCCAGCGCUGGAUAGAAAUUCUCGACCGUGGCGACCAGAUUAAUUACAAUUCGGCCAUGGUUUGCAGCCGGCACUUUGUCGGUGGCUGGCCGGCAAAGGCUCAGGAGAAAACGGCAGCUAACUGGAUACCAACAUUGUUCCUCGGCCGCUCGGAAGACUCGCAAGCGACGGGAAGCGCCACUAUGGCGCCGAACGCACCAGUUCGAGAAGUCUAUGGCGACUCGGACGACAUCCGCUGUAUGGUUCGGGGCUGUGGAAUGACCAAGGAGGACAACCCGUCACUGCUGUUCUUCCCGAUUCCAAGGGACCAGGAAGAGCGCGGGCGAUGGUUGCAGCAAAUCGGAAUGCACAACGAUCCUUCACUCGCGAAGGCGGACAAUUUGCUGGCCGUAUGCGAAUUGCACUUUGACUUAGCAAAGGAUCUCAUGAAUUACGACGAUGUCAUUUCGAUGGGCCGAACAGCGGUACUGAAGGAUCAAGUUAAACCAACACGCAACAUUCCCCUCUUGAUGCAACCUAAAGCAGAAAUGUUCGAAGAUGAUGCUGUAGAUACGGGCGAUACCAAUCAAUCACUUGACACAGACGUUUCCUUUAUGUUACAAGAAAUGAACAGAACUAAAGAGGAUAAACAUUCCAACCUACUCGCGCAAUAUCCCGAGCAUCUUCAGACGAGUCCAAUAUUGGAAGAAUAUGUCCAAGUGUGUCGAUCCUGCUUAAGUACAAAUAUUGCGAAUUUGGUGUCGGCAUUCGAUGACAACCUAAAUGACAUCUACUACCAGUUCACUUCGAUAGCCAUCGACGACAGCGCUGGGAUUUCCACGAUGUUCUGUGUGGACUGCAAACAUCGGCUCUUAGAAAUGCACUUUUUCCGCGAUAACUGUGUAACUAGCACACAAAUUUUGUUCCAUCGGCAACAGAAAGCCUUUGGAAGCAGCAGUGCCCAUCAGCAGGAGCUCGAAGAUGACGACAACAGUCUACUUGUUCCGAUGCACGAAAGUCACAAUAUGAGCGAUUAUACCGCCAAUGGUAGCUCAUUCGGGGAAUCAAUGCAAACCGAUGAUCCUGAAGAUUUAUUAAUGCCUCAGCGAGAGGAACCCGAUUCGGUGGUUUCUCCCCCGAAAAGAAAUAUUCCGCGAUCACAAAUGACACAAGUGGCUAAAUCAAGUGCCGCUGCACAACCCCUGAAAUCGAUGAAAAAGCGCUUUAAGUGCAAAGUAUGCCAUAAGGAGUACAACUCGAAGGCCGGAAUCGAUAUGCACAUGUCAUCCCACGAAGGCGAUAAUCCGAGCGACUUUACGAUUGCAUGUAACCGGUGUCAUGUACUGCGCCGACCGCAAGACAAACACAGCUGCAUGGUGGAAACCAUGUACUGUCAUGUUUGUGGGGACAAGUUCCGCAGCUGGUCCUAUCUGAAGCUACAUCUGGCGAAGACGCAUCGAAUAAAGACGAAACGCCGUGAGCUGUUACAGAAAUUGGCCAACGAUAAACAAAUCGGAGUUUCGAACAGGUUGCUUAAAUCGCCACCGAUUCGUACCGUUAUCGUUCCGGCACCGGAUCUUGUGGAAGACUCGAGCGGAAGUCAGGGAAGCGCACACACUCCAAAGCACAAAAUGAUGAAAUGUACUUUCUGUUCGGCCAGCUUCAAGCAUGCUGCAAGCCUUGACGUACAUAUGCGAUCGCACUCUGCCGUACAACAAACACAAUGUCAUGAAUGUGGGGAAAAUUUCCCAUCAUAUCGGAAGUUGGAAAAACAUUUUGACAAGCAUCCCAACGAAAUACUAGGAGCCAUGUAUAAGUGCGCAAUUUGUGGCAACAUCUACAGCCGGAGACAAACACUACUGAUGCACCGGCAGUACGUUCAUCGGGAUCGUGACGUGGUUCAGUGCGGAGGUUGUUCGAAACUGUACGCUCACACGAAACAAUUAGCCGAUCACAAGUGUUUCCCCAAGCGACAGGAGCCAUCUGCUGGUCCAGUUCCGGUGGCUGUGACAGCUGCAUCUACCACCACAAGUACCGAAAACACCAUCAAUGGUGAUUUUGUAAUCGUUCGCCCAGAAUCAAUCCUCAAGGGAGUAGUGGCCAGCGAAAUUAUCGACGCAGACGAAGAAAAUUCCGUACCCGUGGCCAUGCAGGAGGGUAAUGCGGAUCCCCUGCUUGGUUUGGGCAACGAGGAGGUUAUUGAACUGGAAUCGGAUGACGAAUCCGCUCCGGAACCGAUUUUUUUUAACUGUACCGUUUGCGAUAAAUCAUUUGACAAGUCGGAUGUUCUCGACCGACACAUGAAGUUACACCGCAUGAUGAACGCUGCCAAGGCCAAUGAAAUUGGCCCCAGGAAGUAAAUUGUAUAUACAGUAAAACCGUGCAAUUACGCUCGGUGAUCUGGCGCGAAAGGUAAUUCUGCUUUUUUGUCUUACGUCCUUAAGUUCAAUUCGACGAUAUCGUUGCCUUUACCAUUGUACUGAAGUAUAUUUAAUAAUAUAACUUUGUUUAAUUUGUAUAAUGCAA